CGGAACUUAAAUACCAGACCCAGUUCAUAUGACAUCACCAUCUUCAAAAAUGGGAGCAGCUUCUACAGUUCUACCUGCUCCUGAAUUAAGGGAAAAGUUUCAAGGACAAAUUUUGUUCCUGAGCAGCUUCUUUCCCACGUGGCGGUUUAAAAGGCUUAUUAUCAAGCAAAGUAUUGCAAAGCUGGACAUUGAAAGUCAGAAGCUUCUACACAAUGAUAUGAGACCAGUGGAAGUUGCUCUUCUUGUCAUGCUUCACCAAAAACACUCAGAUGAAAUAACAUUAUAUUCAGCACAAAAAGGAUGGAAAUGGGAUGAAAAUUCACUCCUUUCUGAGUAUAAAAAACGACUAAACGAAUUAAAUCGUGAAGAUGAACAUAAGGAUUCUGCAGAAAAUUUCAUACAAAAAGCGAAAGAAGAAAUUGCUAAUUUGGAUGGAAUAUUUGACAAUUCGUCGUCUGAUGAGGAAAGUCAAGCAGUUUUAAACAAUUACUAUGCAAAGCAAGCAGAAACGGUUUCCAGACUGAACAUCGAAAGGGCACGGGAAUUAAAAGCCCAGCUUGAGAAUUCUUCAGACUUCGUAGAUGAUAUCAGCAUAAGAGGAAAGUAUCAACAAAAAUUGAAAGAAAUAAACGACAAUUACCAGGAAAGCAUGCUGAAAUACUUUAAAAAUCAGAAGCAAAAAAUGUCAGAAGUUUUGGAUGAUUAUCAUUCAGAACAACUGAAAAUUCUAGCUGCGAUGGACAAAGAAUUAACCAUAGAAGUUAAACGUCGAAAUUGCCCAACAUCCGCAAUCCUUUUGGAAAAAGUGAGGACGAAAGGCGAUCCGGUUUUGGAUGACAAAAAGAGCUCAGCAAUUGAUGGAAUUAUUAAUAUGGAUAAAAGUAAACUUAGCCAAGAAGAAUUGAAAAACCUAUUUUCUGAGCAAAUUGCGCAAGAAAAUAUAUUACAGGUCGGUGUACCGUUGCCUCAUAGACCGAAACAAGACCAACCAGGGAAUAACCCUCUUAAAAACACCGUGGCCAGACAUUAUCAAAACCAAGUUGUUUCACCGAAUUCAUUGAUUAGACACUGUGAUGAUAUCAACCCAAAAUUUGAAGAGGCAAAGACAGAACCACAAGAAUAGGAUUCCUUGAUAAUGAUAAAGUUAUCUUAUUUUUUUUAUUUUGGAUAAAGAACAUGUAUUAGUACAAGUUUUAAUAUUGUUAAUAUUCAAAAUUAAAAUGCCUGAAUGCAUUCUGUUCAACGUUUGUCUUGAUUUAUAAUAAACUUUGAGCAUUUGAUGCCAAAAUGUUAUUUUUGCGACUCAUUUUUCUUUCAUUCAAAUUUGUGGCAUUGUGGCAUUUGCAGAUUUUUUUUAUUUGUAGAUCUCUUAUUUGGUUACAUUGAUGGGGUGGAAGCAAUGUGCUCAUUUCAAUUAAAUGUUCCUUUUUUGAUUAGUUGUUCCAAUCUGUGUAAAAUUUGUUGGAAAUAUAAAAAAUUCUGAUAAAAGCAAUUUUAAAUAUCUAUGAAAUAUUCUGAAAAAAUAAACAAGUUUCUCGUUAUUACACAUUGAAGCAAUUGAUAAUUGUUUAUGUGAAAUGUAAUUUUUGUCUUUUCAUCUACAUAAUCCAUAUAUAAUAUACACAUGUAUUAAUUUAACUGUACGUCUGUUGUAUUUUGAACUGCUAUUUGAAAUAAUCUCUUAAAGCAAACACUAGUGGAUUUUUUUUUUUUUCGGAAACUAGUUUCGUUUUUCAGUUUUAUUUUGUUUGUUUUUUGCUGUUUUUGCUUCGUGAAAUUAAUCACCAAAAUGUUACAAUUAUAUAACCCCAACAAAAAACACCGGAUAUCUCUACACUAUUUACAUGUAUGCAUUCUUAUAUACUGUAAAACCGACCGAAAUCGUGUAUAUGUGUUACUGGUUAAAAAAAAUAAGAAUGCUUUAUUCAUGUAGAAUUUUGUCGUACGACGAACAUAUAUGCUUAUGUCACAGUGCAAAAUUGACUGUUUUAUAACUAACUUUAUUUCGGAUUUUCAAAAUUCGACAUUUAUUUUGUCAUAAAGUAUAAACAUUUGAUGUUUAAAAAUUUAAUAAACGAUUAAAUAUUGCAGACUCUAUAUAUUUUACUGCAAUUCAGACAUGGGUGUCUUAAAAAUUAUCCUUAUCUCUCAAUAAAAAAAAUAACUUUGCGCAAGUAUAUGUAUCUUAUGUUCUGGUCAUCUAA